AAGCUAAGCUAAUAAGUCAUCCCAAUUGACUGAACUUGAUAGAUUCGCUUGAAUAGUGAACCACAUGCGUUGAUCAAACCACCCAGGAAUGUCAUUCAAUAGCCAUUUAGCGUUCAACAUAAAGAAGGCGACGCCUACUACCUCCACUACCAAUACAAAUACAACUUCAUUAUCAGCGGCCCCAUCUAAUGAAAGAGCACAUUCGAAAUCGAAUAACGGUGAUGGGGGAGCUAGCAAGAAUCAGAUAGGUGCGGAUAUCGGGACCAGUUCUCCCAAACUCCCCAUGCCACAUUUGGCUUCUAAAUCAACUCCAACGACAUCCGAACCUAAUACUCCUAAAUUCAAUAGCGUAGGAAAAUCAACAACAUUGAGUAAUACUAUUCCCGCUGUUGCUUUAGAUGAAGGUAGUAACAUGAAAACCAAAAAGGAUUCAAUAGGAAAAGAUUUGAUUGGUCUUUUCGACAAGUUUGAUAUUGAUAAUAAUAAAUCGGCCAAUAAAAGUGAACCAGAAGAGAGUGAUGAUCCAGUAACGGAGAAAUACAAAGAGUUUGCUAAACAAGCCAAGAAGGAGGACCCAAAGGAAGAUUACACAUUUGCUAGCAAAGAAAAAAAGGCUUCAGAGACUAAUGAGUUUAAAGAAUCUAACGAUGAUCAAGUAACAGAAAAAGUAGUUGAAUCAGAAAUAAGUGAGAAGCCAACACCAUCUUCCAUGACAAUUCAACCAUACAUAAUUCCAAACACAAAUAUGGCUGCCACCUCCAAAAUAGAAAAUACUGGCCUGUCAUCUCCAAUUAAGUCUUUAUCUAGUGAACAUGAAAGCGAAUUCGAUGAAAAGAAGGAGGAAAAAGACAAGAGUCUUGAUGAUAUCACAGGAAAUGAAGAAGAACAGAGCGCCCCAGUGGAGGAAUAUGAAUUGAAAACUGCCAAUGAUAAAACUAACCUCAGUCAAUCACCAGAUAGCGAACCCACAUCUAUUCCUAUUCGACCUCCAAGACAUCGUAACAAUUCGAUUAGAGAAACACAAGUUCAUGUUAACCCUGAGGAACAAUAUCUUCAAUCACAUAAACCCUUUGAUUUUCAAAAUUUCUUGAACCACUUGAAGAAAAAAAGUGCUGAUCCAAUUGUACGUUAUAUCAGAUCAUUCUUGAUAUCUUUCACUAGACAAUCAUUUCAAUUCACCUAUGAACAAAAAAUAAAAAUAAUCAAUGAUUUUAAAUUUUUCAUAAGCGAAAAGUUUCAGGAGUAUGAACCAUUUGCCUCAUUGGACUACAUAGAUAUAGAAAACUCUCGUGAAGGGAUUGAAAAGUUAAUCAUGAAUAGAUUAUACGAGAUUUGCUUCCCACCAGAAUUAGCAAACCAAUCCGUGAAUCUAUGUGAAACUUCCUUAUCAGAUAUUCAGAGUGAUGUGUCGUUCAGUCAACAAAUCGAAAAAUUCAGCUGGGUUGAUGGUAAUCACUUAGAUGUCGAUUUAGAUGAAUUAACUAAGUUUAAGCUUGGUAAUAAAAAAGCCGAUUUGAGCUUUAUGGAUUAUGCCAUAACUGAGCUAAACAAAAUCGACAAAUACAGGGCUCCUAGAGACAAGAUAAUUUGUAUAUUGAACUCUUGCAAAAUAAUAUUCAGCUUUUUAAAAGCUAACAGCAAAGAAACUAAUGCCGAUGCAUUUAUGCCUCUUCUUAUCUUGAUCAUAAUCAAAUCCAGAACCCCAAACAUUAUCAGUAAUAUUCAUUAUAUUGAAAGUUAUAGAGGCGAAGAAUGGUUGAAUCAUGGUGAAACUAGUUAUUACCUCUCCUCCUUACAAGGUGCAGUUGGCUUCAUCCAAAGUAUUUCUUUUGAUAAACUCACUAUCAGCAAAGAAGCUUAUGACGCCCAUAUAGAAGCUUGGGAGGCACAGAAAAAGACAUUCGAAAUUUCCCAGCCAACCAAGUUAGUUCAACCACAACCUCAUCAUCUAAUCGAAAACAAUGGACCUCAACAUAGUCUUUCUCCUUCAAAUGUGCUCUUUACUAGUGCUGAGAUGUUUACCAAGUCUCUUUCAAACUUCCUCUCGCCUUCUCCUCAAAAUGAAUCUCCGUUAGCUGAUCAACAGAGAGGACAACAGGAACAACAGGAACAAACACAGAACUCCAUACGUGAGGAAGAAGAAAGAAUCAAACGAGAAUCUGAUAAGACUUAUAGUCAGCUUAAAGAAAUGUUUCCUGCUCUUGAUAAAAGUAUAUUGAAGGACGUCGUAUCCAUGAAUAAAGGUGCUCUUGAAGAAUCACUUGAUUCAUGUCUACAGCUAGUUAAUGAAAUUUAAUUCUUGUAAUUCCAGUUAUCAAGCC